AUGGCAUUUGACGAUAUAACGAGGAUGAAGCUGCCGAAUGGCAACUGGGUAACCGUCUGUGCGGCCCACAGUCAAGUCGUGUGUGGACGGUGCUGUGUCGACUUUAGCUUUGAUCUAAAUGACGGCGAAUUCAUCUCAUCUGACGACGAAGGCAUCUUUGGUUUUGACGCCUCUGGUCUCCUGCCCCGAGACGUCACCUUUAAGGCCGUGGCGAAGAGCAAGUUCGGCCGCGUGCCGCCGCGCCGACGAGGAAAGGCGACACCAACAAGGCAUGCCGCCGGGGCGGGCAACGACAUGAGCAUGCCUCUCGGCGUAAAGGACGAGGUUCGCCGUCCGAACGACGCCUUGCCUUCACCUUGCGUCUCUGGUGACGUCUUCCCGACGCUCUUCUCCUGUCGAAUGAAGCCCCUCGACGUUUUCCCGCCAGGCCAGGAUCGCUUUUAUCACCAGGAUAACGAUGGCGAGGUGUUGGUAUUUGUCGACGGGGCUUGUUCCGGUAACGGGACCACGGUCGCGGUCGGAGGCUGCGGCUUCGUCUUCAAUUCGCAGGAGGGUGGCUCUGUACGCUUCCCGCUCGAAGGGCUGGGCGUCGAUGGGGAGCUCUACCCGAUGACGAGCAACCGCGCCGAGCUUCGUGCCGCGCUGGGCGCGCUUAGCUUUCGUACAUGGCACGGCGAGGGCGUGGAGAGGCUCGUCAUCGCCACCGACUCGGAGUAUGUUGCUACUGGCGCCACCCUUUGGGUUCGCGGUUGGGUGGAGAAGGGCUGGCGGUCAAGCAAGGGUAGGCCGGUGAAGAACCGUGAUCUCUGGGAGGCCCUCCUACGGAGGGUCAAGGAGCUACGUGGGGGAGGUUGUGAGGUGUCCUUCUGGAGGAUACCGCGUGAGUGGAAUACAGAAGCCGACCGGGCGGCGAAGGAGGCAGCGGUGGCCGGUGUGCCCCACGACAAUUGUGUUGACGUCGUUGGCUUUGCGGUGUUACAGUAG